GGCGCGUUUUUCGAUCCAGGUUCUGCAGUACGUGCUGCGCGACUACGUGCACUGCUGGUACUACGACUUGAGCGAUGAUGAAGGGUUCCUGCUGGAGGUUCGGCAAAUCAUGCAGAUGGCCCUCACCACCCUGUUUAAUAGGUGUAAGGAUGUGGAGUGGCAGCCGUACCUGACGACGCGGCUUGUGGACGACUUUGCAUCGCACCUGCGGGCGUACCGCAAGGCCCUGCGCAAGGUCAACGAGCACGAUGUGGCCGAGGCUCAGCAAAGCGACGACGCGGAUGAGAUCGUGGAGGCGUUCUUCAACGCCGAGGUGGAGAUGGAAAAGGAAAUUUGCCGGGACUUGGUUUGCACGUCAGAGCAAGAAGAGAGAGAGUUCUUGCGGGACCUCAGUGACGUGUUGCUCUUCUUGCUGCUGCCCAGCAACGACUUCCAGAGCCGAAGCAUGCGUUGUGUACUCAGGGAAAUCUUCGUGAUGGGGAUCCUUUUACCGACGGUGGAUACCCUCAGCGACCCCGACUACAUUAACCAGUACGUCACGUGGAUGCUGGGAGACAGCCCGUGCACGUGCGAGGCGUUCCUCACGGUGCUCAAGGGCAGCGAGCUGCUGGACGAGCUCGAGGCCGUGAGGGAGAAGGCGUCCGAAGAGCUGCAGCGCCUGCGCUCCCAGGACACCAUCGGGGACGAUGUGACGGUGAAGGGGCAGAUGAACAGCCUGCAGUUUGUCAAGAAGCUGUGCGAGGUCAGGAUGGAUCGGCUCCGGUGUGGCAAGGAGCAGGAGCUGGAGUGCUCGCGGCUGCCUGCGAACCUGGGCAAGCUCUGCGUCAUCCCCCUUGAUGACAUCCUGGGCAAUAACAUCGCCCUGCAGUACUUCAUCGAUUACAUGCAGAGCAUGGCGGCGCAGGCGCUGCUGUUUUUCUGGCUCAUCGUGGAGGGCUACCGCGUGACGGCCGAGCAGCAGCUGGACGCGCUGCACACGCGGGAACGCGUCGGCGCCCCGCGCCACGCGCCGCCCACGCACAACCUCGUCGUCAUGCUGCGCAACGCCGCCAUCGGAGUCUACGAGCAGUACCUCGGCGAGAAGGCGUCCCCUCGCGUCCGCGUGGAAGACUUGAUGCUGGCCAACUUACGCGAGAAGCUGCACAGGGAAGAUCUUCCUCCCAACUUGUUCCCAGCCCUCUUCGAUGACAUCCAGAGGAAGGUGUACGAUACCAUGCUUCGAGAUGACCGCUACUACCCGGGCUUCAAGCAAAGCUCGUUUUACGUCAAAGCGCUGGCCGAGCUGGACAUGCUCAAGGAGCCGAGCAUCCGGGAGGGGGAUGAUUCGGAAUCCUACAAUGGGUCUCCGGCGAGCAGCUUGAAUGUGUCCCUAGAUGACCUGUCUCUGACAGCCCAGACGCCCAGCCCAGAAGAGCCCGGGCAGCUCCAAGCACAGAUCACCGAAACCGGGGUCGGCAAUGAACACGGCAAGUCCUACACGCUGUACGCCAUCACUGUGAUGCGCCGCCACCACGACGGCAGCCAGGACAGCUGGGACACGUUCCGGCGCUACAGCGACUUUAACGACCUGCACAUGCGCAUCACCGAACAGUUUGAGAACCUGGCCAAUUCGCUGAAGAUGCCCGGCAAGAAGACCUUUAAGAACAUGGAGAAAGAAUUCCUGGAGCGGAGGAAAAAAGAGCUCAAUAAGUACUUGCAGGAGAUUCUGAACGCGGAAGUGAUCAAGGCGCACCCAGGCCUGUCCACGAUCGUGUUCGUCUUCCUGGAGAACAAGCCCUACAACAGGGGCAAGGGCGACUUCGCGAGGAAGAUGGACACCCUGGUCAACCCGCUGCGCAAUUCGGUGCGCAACGUGUCCAACGCGGUGCGCGCCUUCCCCGACAACUUCGUCGAGGGCAUGACGCGCGUCUCCGACAACAUGGGCCGCAUGUCGGACAAGCUGAACAACGAGUUCAAGAUUUUCAGCAGCAAGGUGCCCACUCUGCUGCCGCGCAACACGCGACCCACUGUGCUCGACGACUGCCGCGUGUCGGCGCAGCUCGACGAGAACGCUGACGACAACCUGCCUCUGCGGAUCAUGCUGCUGCUCAUGGACGAGGUGUUUGACCUGAAGGAUCGGAACCAGUGGCUGAGACGAAACAUUAAGAACUUACUCCAGCAGUUUAUACGCGCCACGUUCGGAGACAUGAUUAACAGGAAAAUUGUUGACCAUGUCGACUUGAUGACAUCACCGGAGCAGGUGGCAGAAUAUGUCAAGCGAUUUCGGGAUUCGCUCUGGCCUGGAGGGAUACUGGCCGAAACGCCACCGCCACGGAACCUGCACACCCACAUGAGGACGAGGGUGGCGGCGCAAGCCAAGAUGUUGAGCAGCAUGCCGGAUGAGCUCAAGCACAUCUUGGGCGCUGAGACCAUGCGCAAGGGCCUGCUGCGCGUGUUUGAGAUGUUCCAGCACCGGCAGCUGAACCGCCGCCUGCUGUACGUGUGCCUGGAGGGCCUGCUGGAGAGCCUCUACCCAAAGAAUCGGCUGCACCAGCUCUUCCUCCGCCUGCACUCUCGCUCGCCGCGCCUACAAGCAUUCCACGGUCGCUCGCCCACGGGCAGUGCCAAGGGUGUCUCGGUCAGGAGGUGACACGGACGCUGCUGCUGUGUGCCGACGCGCCGUCUCGCUCUGCCUUGGCGCAGUCCUCCUCUUAGCCGCUCGGCGGCGUGGCACGAGCGCCGUGGCCCGGCAUGGGAAGCCACGGCAACUUGUGGGCACGCUCGCGCGCGAGUUGUCACGCCGCGUGGAGCGUGGCGGAUCGGAACUCCCGCCUUGGAGCCGUUUGGAUUUUUUUGUGAAUUUCGUGGCUGUUGGCGGUUGACGUCCAGACUUGAAAAUGCUUUGACCAUGCAUCGACUACCCCGAGGCCUUGUAUCCAGUCUCCUGAGGCUUCUGUGAAGAUUCUUUUAAGAGAGCACCUGCGUGUCUUCAACGGACACGUGUAAUGGAGGGCACUAAGCUACUGUAUGAUUUUUGUUUCAAAUUCGAAUGACACGGUCAGCGUUUUAACCACUAAUGUAUUGCUUCCCCAAGCCGGCGCACAUCCACAAAUUGUAUGUCUCUCGGCAGUUGUGGUGACCAAUCGAAGUUGUAUGAAAUCGUAGUAUUUACGCAAAAGUGAUUGUUUAUCUAAUGGAACAGCAGUACUAAUUAUUUAAGCUGUCUUGCAGAAUGGCACCGAUGUGGAUAUUAUAUUUCGUUGGGUCAUAGCCUACCUGUCAAUAUAGAACUUUAAUGACAAACACCCACACCCUAACCUCGGGAUUGGAAAUCCAGUAAUGGGACAUCAGGACGAGCAAAUGGUGCAUUUUGUGAGAAAAUAGUUGAGGACAUUUUAUUUAAAACUUAUCGUAGUACAAUGUUUACAGGGAAAUUGUUAUAUUUUGAAUUAGAGCUGUUAUACAAGCAACAAAUGGGAGUAGAAUUUUUUUCUUUUUGCAGUCCCAACAUUUCAUAAUCCGCGUUCCGUUAUACACAUUGCAAACGUCCCCUUGCCCCGCUCCCCUCCAGCGCUAUUGGUCAAUUGAGCUGGAAAUAUCAUUGCCCAAACACGCAUGGCACGUGAGCUGUGGGUGCAGCGGGAAGGGUCGACAACUCAAAUGGAUUUGUGCAACACGUGAUCAUGCACAAUGGAACAUUCAUAUCUGUUCGAUUCAAAUUUAUUGUGCCCACUUAACCAGUGUACAAUGAGAAUAUAAUUAUCACCUGGAAAGCUGUAAAUGCUACAUUAGCCAAGGGCUGCGCGUGUGUUUCCUCUGGCCUACCUAGCAUUUGUAAAGUGAUGGGAUCAAGGAGAUUUAAAAAAAUAAUUGUUGUCCCUCACCGAGUACAGUGAUGGUGGCACGCUCUGUGUAAUUUGCAUGCUUGGGAGCUGAUUUUUCUUUCUCCAGUGGGCCCCAUGGCACAUUUUUCCUGCAGUGCUACUUUGCAUAGAUUGUUUACAUUUUUAUUAUGCAAAUGCUUCAUCCAAAGUCCAGCUUGCUGUUUGACCCUCUAUUUUUCAUCACCCCAACUUCCUCCAGCCCACGCGCAUCCGCCAAUGCUGUCCGUGCUGCCGUUUCACUGAUGAGAUGUGCAGCAACGUUGGCCAGCGUAAACCUUACAAUGUAAUCGGGUAACAACAACUCCACGUGAACGCUGCACGUGAUGAAGGUCCACUCACUGUCUCUGCUCCCCCAACACUGAACUUUCGUGCACAAUCCGCAGUACAAGUCCAUCCGUGUGCAAUAUUUGGAACGUACUAUAUUGUGGGAAGGUACACAUUUCUAGCGCGCUGUAAUAUUGGCUCGAGGUUCCCCCUUAAAACAAUAAACUGCGAUAUUUUUGUUUUAAUUUUCACCGAUUUCCACUAAAUUGUGCGGUCGCGUAUUAUUAUUAUGCAUUCUGAGUUUUAACGAUUUUAAGAGCACACGAUGUAGAUUGAGAGCCGUGCCGUGUUGUGAAAUAUUGUAACGGUGUACUAAAUGUAAAUGUUUGGCGUGGCUUUCCAGUAUUUUUGGCAUGUACAGAACAGCACACAAGUCUCCCUUUUCCACACGCGCUCAACGCCCCGUUUGUAAAUAAGGUCCGAUAGGUGUAUGUAUUUGUACAUUAAUUGUGUCCAUUAUGUGCCUGACUGUACUCACAGUGGUUCCGGGGGGGGGAGGGUUCUUUCCAAUUGCUUCAGUCAGCCCCAUCCUCAAUCGAGUCUGACGAUUAUCACGGCGUUUUUAAAAUAAUAAUACGAAAAAACAAUUACAAAUAGCACUUUGCCUUUUUAUUUUACACUAGAUUGUACAGGAUGUUGAAGUUAAAAGACUGGACGUGUACACAUACUAAAACUAAAUAAAGGGUAUCUUUUAAAUCAA